GGGGGAUCCUUGAGCCUCGGCCAGCCGGUCUGUGAGCUGGCCGCUUCCAAAGACCUAGAGGAGGAAGCCGCGGGCCGGAGCGACAGCGAGAUGUCCGCCAGCGUCUCAGGCGACCGCAGCCCAAGGACCGAGGACGACGGUGUUGGCCCCAGAGGUGCACACAUGUCCGCGCUGUGCAGCGGGGCCAGCGGCAGGGGCGGCAGCGGGCCGGCAGGCGUCGCGGAGGAGGAGGAGGAGCCGGCGGCGCCCAAGCCACGCAAGAAGCGGUCGCGGGCCGCCUUCUCCCACGCGCAGGUCUUCGAGCUGGAGCGCCGCUUUAACCACCAGCGCUACCUCUCCGGGCCGGAGCGCGCCGACCUGGCCGCGUCGCUGAAGCUCACCGAGACGCAGGUGAAAAUCUGGUUCCAGAACCGUCGCUACAAGACCAAGCGCCGGCAGAUGGCCGCCGACCUGCUGGCCUCGGCGCCCGCCGCCAAGAAGGUGGCGGUAAAGGUGCUGGUGCGCGACGACCAGAGACAAUACCUGCCCGGCGAAGUUCUGCGGCCACCCUCGCUUCUGCCACUGCAGCCCUCCUACUAUUACCCCUACUACUGCCUCCCAGGCUGGGCGCUGUCCACCUGCGCGGCCGCCGCAGGCACCCAGUGAACAGGCCUGGGCUGAGGCAGCGAGUGAUUCCCGCGCCCCGGCUCCGGACCGCCGCUGACAGCUGUAGGCUGUAGCCUGCACGGGGCGCCCCGCCAAGGAGGCACCUGGAGGUGAAACCCAGCUCCAGCUCCUGUUAGCCAGGACUUGUCCCCUGGCAGCUGGGCUGAGUCUGCCCCGAGGGGGCGCCUUUUACUAAUUUGAACAGAGGCACCCUAUGGCCUAGGGGCCCUGAUAGCCCACCUGCCUGGAAGCCCCUGGGCUCUAUUUAUUAUCACGACAAUGUUGGAGUUGAAUUUGGAUUCGAAUUAUGUCUGCCUGGGGGUGGGGUUUUCCCUAAGCGGGAACUCCUGGAGACCACAUAGCCUGAAUCCUCAGAAUUUCCGGCCUGCUGGGAGCUUUCUGCACUAGGCCACACUAGUUCAUGGUAUCCAUGCUACCAAUCUAUGUGUAUCUACAUAUCUUUUAUUUUUGGAAAUUGCAUUUGUAACCAAGGGGUGCGAAACCCUGGCAGUCCCAGGCAGCACCAGGCCAGGGGUUGAUUUGAAAAGUGAAGGACUGGGUUUUCAGGCCCUCUGCUCCACCCCUCCCUUGUGUCAGAGCUAGGGUGGGGGCGCCCGAUUGGGGUGCUGAAUGUAAGGAAGGGGGGGGCCUCCGAGUGUGGUGCAAGCCGUGGGUCUCCACAUCUUCCCUCUCUGAAGUCCAGGUACCUGCACAAGCAGGAAACGCCUAGGAGCCCCGGAAGGAGGAGAGGGCACACCCGGGCAGCCCUCUGCGGAAACUUUCCUUCAUUUCUUUUUAUUUGUUUAAAGGAGGUUAAGACGUGUAGCACUUUUCAGUUGUUUGUAUUCAAAUGACGAUUAUUUUUGUACUCAAUGUGAAUAUCCCUGGCCAGCCUUUCCAGGGCGCCCACCGCAGUGCCGCUGCCUGGCCCUCAGUCUCUACCUUCCGCCCUCUGCGACUCCUGUGCUCUGGCCCGGGACUCCCCUAUCCGCCCCUCACUUACCCUUAAACAGGAGAUCCCACCUGUCUUGUCAACCUCGCCGCUUUUCGCCUCCUUAAUGGCACUGUGCACUCAACUAGAGUAUUAACUGUAAAAAGAUUUGUGAAGUUUGGAAGCUCUAUUCGCUGUAUUUUUUCUUUAAUUUAUAAACUUUUAGUUUAACAUGC